GGGCUUUUCCCACAGUAGCGGCAUGCAGCAUGCUGUGAUGGCACACAUUGACAGCAAGGAACCGCCCUUCCAUGCCACCCUUCAUUACGACACUGUACAUGAAACAGAAAGAGAGCUAUCUGGUCUAUCCACCUGGAGGGAACCGGAAGGCUCUAAGCUCAUCAUAGAUGCCUGGUUCUACCCCAGUGCGCCAAUCCUUUCUCUCUACUUGUGGGGUACCGAGCUCUUUCCUCCGAUUCUCGCUGCUCCCCCGACCUCUUCUCUAGCCACAAAUAGCCUUUGGCAAUACGUACACACUACACACACUACUACACAGUAGUCUGCUGGCCCCUCCAAUACUCCACUCGGGCGCCAGCUAGAUAAUAUGAUCCCGUCUGGGGGAGCGAGCUCACAGGUCACCCGCUCAGAUUCUGGGCCGUUACGGCUCGCAAUUUCCGACGGAAC